AUGGCUCAUUUGGGAUUCUUCCUCCUGCUCUCCCUAGGUCUGUGCAGUCUCUCCUCCUCAGUGCCACAGUUCCAUGUGGUGAAGGAAAAUAAGAACUGGACAGAAGCUCAGCAGCACUGCAGAGAGAAGUUCACUGACCUCGCCACCAUAGACGACAUGACAGAGAUGGAGAAGGUGAACAGCACAAUCCGUGAAGCAGAUGCUGGAAAUGCUUGGAUUGGACUGAAGAAGGGAAGCAGUCCUAAGUGGCAGUGGUCUCUGGCUGACAGGGAUUUCUACAGAGAGAAUGAAACAGAGUUCAGGAACUGGGAUGUUCAACAACCAGAUAACGGUGACCAAGACAACUGUGUCUUCAUAGGAGAAAAUGGGAAAUGGCAUGACUCCCAUUGUGAUCAUCUAAAAUCAAAUGACUUCAUCUGCUAUGAUGCAGGAGACUCCACACAGCCCUAUGUGCUGGUUAAGGAGAUGAAGACCUGGGCAGAUGCUCAGAGAUACUGCAGAGAGAAUCACACAGACCUGGCCAGUGUGAGGAAUCAGGCAGAGAAUGACACGAUAAACAAAGUUAAAGGAGAUACAGGAGCAAAUGUCUGGAUUGGCCUGUUCAGAGAUGCCUGGGAGUGGUCAGAUGGCAGCAGCUCCUCAUUCCGCUACUGGAACACUGGAGAACCCAAUAAUGGCAAUGGGAGGGAGUCCUGUGUUAAAACUCUUAAUGCUUCCGGUGCUCAGUGGAACGAUGCAGGCUGUGACGAUCGUAGUCACUUCAUCUGCUAUGAAGACAAGCUGGUUCUGGUCCAUGAGAAAAAGACCUGGAGAGAGGCGCUGCAGUACUGCCGAGAGCACCAUGUGGACCUGGUGUCUGUGACGUCUGAGCGGGUCCAGCGCUGGGUGAGUGAGCGGGCUAAAGGAGCCUCCACUGCUCACGUGUGGGUGGGCCUGCUCCACUCCUACGGUGUGGGCUGGUACUGGGUCUGUGGACAGACCGUCUGCUACAGCAACUGGACCCAAGGGCACGAGCAAGUGGGGUCCAUCCAACAAGGAGUCGGGGCAGUGGAGUCUGGAGGGGGACAAUGGGUCAGCAACCUGACUAAGACUGACCAACUCAACUUCAUCUGCACCACUGAGGAUGGUUGUGACUGAAUCCUCCUCAGUCCAGAGCAGGCUUGGAGAAACUCCUGCGGGUCCUCCAGCUCCCAACCAUCUUCAUCUUCAUCUUCAUCUUCACCACUCAUUUAAUCAUAAGCAACUUUACAAUACAGAACAUUAUGUUACUAUUGACAUUAUAUUUCCUCUUCCAGUGUACUAAUAAGUGAAGCAAUUGAUACAGUUCAAUUCUGCAACUUUAAUGUAUUGAGUUUGUUAACCAUAAUGUUAUGCUUUGACACAAUUCUUUGUUUUAGAAUUAAGUAUAGAAUUCUGCACAGAAUUCCCCGUAUAGAAUGUUUUCUGUUCCUGACCUGAUAAGUACUUGGCUGAUAAGCAUGUUUAACCUUUCUAGUCCACUGUGUUAAAUGUACAAAUGGGCUAAUAAUAACUCCUAAUAAAGAUGACUUUGUUCAGUUGGGUUGAUUUACUUUUCUAAUUUGACAUGUGAAUGUACA